AUGGUCAAGCUGUUUUCGAGAAAGAUCGACCAGGUGGCGGAGGGAGCAGGUGUGGGAGGGGGUGCCGACCACGAGGGAGGAGGCGAGAAGACGGGACGCGUCGUGAUUGAGUACAGCGGCGAGGAGGAGGAGGAGAUCGAGGAGGAUACAUCAAGGCAGGCUCAGCACGGGGCGAGCGGCCCGGGCGGCGAUGCGAACCAGGACGAGGACUCGAGCUCGGGAUCGAGCUCCGGCUCGAGCUCGAGCGAUGAGUCGGUCGAGGACGACGGCAAGGGCGCCGGACAUAGAACGGAGCGUACGGGGGAGCACGGAGUGGCGCUCGGGGAGCGGGUGGACGAGCGAGUAGAGCUUAUCGAGCAGCAGGCGACAGGUGAAACUAAGGCUGUCGAGGAGCAGGAGGGCGGAGCGGCUGCGCAGGAGGGUGGGGUCGGAGGGCAGCAGCAGGUGGUGGGCGAGGCGGCUGCGCAGGAGGGCGGGGAGCAGGAGGACGAGGAGGCUGCUGAGGAGUAUCGUCGAGGAGAUGAGCGACAGGCCGCCGUAACAAGGAGUCACCGCACGGCCAGUGGCAGCGGACAGGCGGGCCCUUCGACCGGGUGGCCUUCGACGGUAGGCCAAUCGACGGCGAACGUUGCACCCAGAGGCCAGGUCGUCGAGCUACUGCAGAGGGUCGAGAAGGUCGAGGCGUCGCAGAAGCAGCUCGUCGCCAAUGUAUUUGUGAAACACACUGAGCAAGCCGGAGUAUUCAACAGGCUUGCUGCGGAUUUUCAGACGGCGUGGAAUACGAUUUCGGAGUCGUCGAAGAGCACACUGUCGCAGUGCGCCGAGGCUGUGAAGGGUGUCACGGCGGAGAGGAACCUGUUGGAAGGGGCGCGGGCAAAGAUCGACGAGAUGAGCGGGAAGAUCAUCGAGGGGGUGGCAGCCACCAUCACAAAAGCGAGCGAGGAAGCCGUCGAGAAGCAGCUCAAGCAGGUCGAGGAGCGGCUGGUUGCUGCGGUGCUGAAGGGUUUCGAGAAAGCCAUCAUGGAGGACAUGUUCUGCUCCACCCUCCCACCCGAGACCAUGAAGGAGCUGAAGGACAUUGUAAGGGAAGGCUACCAUGAAGCCGAAGUAGGGAGCCCGGUUGGAUCCCCACCGGCGCGUGGCCGUCAUCUCGUCGCCAAGCCCGUCGAGGAAGUCAUCGUACUCGACCAGUCGGCCCUCCCGAAGACCUCCGUAGCGCCUCCGAUCGAUCCACCUGAUGCGUUUGCUUCGAUGCGGGACAUGCUGCAAGGCCUGGGGAAAACGGGUGGGAAAGGAGUGCUCGCGGGGGAGAAAAGUGGUGCCCCGAACGAGCACGCCGCCUCGACCGGGAACAGAGCCCUAGGAAUGCGAGGUGCCUCUACCCCGUCAGGCGGCGGUGCGGGGAAAGGAGCGGGAGAAGGAAGCGCUGGGUUGCUGUCGAAGACUAAAGCGGCAUCAGCUGCGCACGGCGGUGGUGCUGGCCUUGCUGUCGGGCUUGUGGGAAAUUGGGCGUCUCCCUCAACCCCUCCAGUUGCUCCUGUCGCCGCUGCUUCGUCCCAAGGCAACGUUUGCCUUAGCAAUCCGGGCUCCCCUUCAACGUCGAAGAAGAAGCCAGCUGCGACGAAGUCGUCGAAGCGCGCUGCACACGCGACAGAGAGCCUUGACGUGGUGGAGCUGGUGAGCGUCCCUGGUCAGGCGCCUGUCGAGAAGACCUCUAUUGUCGUUGCUGCUCGACAGGAAAAGGCGAAGAAGGCCAGGGUCACGGGUCACACCCCACCUCCUCGACCAGACGACCAAGGCAAGACGAGAGGCUGCAAACGUCCCUUCAAAGGACCGGGUUUCAGGUUGCGGAAGGGGAAGCCGGUUUCCGAGCAGACCGUCGGCGGGAGGAAGCGGUUCCUUGGCACUUUUGAAACAGAGAAGGACCAGAAGUUCUGUACGGCCGUCUGCUGGCGCGUGUACUUCCCCGACGUUGUCCUUACGGAGUACGAAGGGUACACGGCGCAGGAUGAGGAGGACUGGAAGGUCUACCUCGAUGCGGCCGCAGAAAUGCCAACCGGCGUCCCGAAGGGCAUGGCGGCGACACCGCACAUGAUGGCCAUGGCAGCAACUGUGGCGAGCUUGUGGGCGGCCUGCAGGAAGUUGUCGAGGGAGGAUAUUAAGAAGGAUGCCCUAGCUGCCGCAAACGCGGCGAUCUACGCCCCGGAGACUGCAAAGAAGGCUUGUGUGGCUGCCAUGUCCGCACUCGUGUCCAUACUUUUGCACGGCGGCAAGACGUUCCCGGCGAAGCAGUGGCCCGAUCACGUGUAUUCGUCGGCUGUCGAAGGUCUCGGCUCGACGGACGCCAUACUGCUGCAGAUGCUGCGUGUGGCAGCACAGGUCUGUACGCAAUGGUGCUGCUGUCGAGCUGCUGCCCGCUUGCUGGAGGACGCGGGCUAUGGCAGCCUGGCUAUGCCAGAAGAAAAGAGCAAGGCGAAGCAGGGCGACGAGGAUGCAGCUGAGACGAAAACGGGCGGGCAAGGGGAGUAG